AUGACCACUAACAACGUCAGUGGACUGCCAGGAAUUCCAUUCCAAUACCACGCUGCCUAUGACGUGAAAUACCGAAACGCGGCAAUCUCGAUGGACUCGGAUGAUAUGUAUUUUGAAAACGAAGGCUACGGCGACGAGGAAUACUCGGAACGAUCCAUUUAUCUUUCCAACGAUAUGAUUACCGAUGAAAGUUAUAAUCGCAACAGGUUACAAAAGCGAUCCAAUGAAGAUUACAGUAACGAGGAAUAUUCAGGGAAAUUUGGUAAUACGAUUAACAGCGGAAGUUAUAACCGGUUACAAAAAUCACCAAACGGGUCUGUUGAAUAUCUCAAAGUGCCCAAUUACCUCUCUGAAAACGCGGAAGAUUAUAAUUAUAAUAGGUUGCAGAAGCCAUCCUACGAAUCUAUUGGAUUGCCUAAUUCGCCUAAACACGAUAGUAGAAGCGGUUUGUCGACUCCCCGAAUUAAUAAUAGUGGUUUGCUGACUCCUCGAAGUAAUUAUGGUGAUUUACUGAAUCCCCGAGGUAAUCAAUAUCAACUUCCCUCACCAACGCCUUCUUACGAGGAAGAUGAUGUCACCAAGAAAUCCACAAGACAACAACCGAAACUCCUUCCGCCAACACCUAAGAGUGCCACUCCACCAUCUCCAAACAAAAAGCAAAGGAAAAAUUUUUCCCUCGGAAAAUCAUUUACUUCUCUUAUCUCCGGCACCCGUCCGAAAUUCCGAUCAUUCAAUAAGAAGUCUAGUGAAGAACUUCAUAUUUCGGAUUCAACGACAAUCGUUCGCGAGGAAAAACCUUCGGACGCUUCACUACCCGCACUCACGCCAUCAUCGCCAAUAUCCCAUCAACUGCCAGAAUAUUAUUUUCUCGAAGAUCAUGAAAAAGACGAUCGACCAGAGGAGGCUAAUCCAAUUGGCUCGACAGUAGAAGAAUUGUGUAAAUUGGUGUUAAUCAUGCAAAAAGGAUUUCGGGAAAUGGAGAACGAAAUUAAGGAAUUGAAGCUGGAGAUACGAAAAUUGAAGGGCGAACAAGUCGAGGAAAUUGAAAGAGAUUUUAAUGGGAGGUUGAGAAGCGUAAAGAGUUUUACGCGACAGAUGGAAAGGUACGGCGGUGAAGGACGGUGGUUUCAUAAUGAUAAUAUAUUAUAA